AAGCUUCAGUUUUCAGUCGUGCAUGCGAGGGUUAGAAUGGAGUCCCGUGGAAAUGUAUUGUUUGUGUUCGCGCUGCUAAUGUUAACAACUUUGGUUUCUGCGCGAGCUGUGAAUAUUAGCAACACGUGGAUGCUUCCAGAGGAAGGUUUUCCGGUAUUUUAUCGUUAUUUCCGGGAUCGCAUAUCUUGGUACGAAGCCGACGCUGUAUGCCAAUUUCAUCACUCCAAUCUGGUUACCGCGGAUAGCACAUCACAGUACGAUGCAAUACGCGCAUAUCUCAAAGAAUUAGACAUUACUGAAAACGUAUGGAUUGGAUUAUCCAAAACCACGGGACGCCCUAAUUUCACCUGGACAAAUUCUCGUCCAUUGUCCGGUGAGGGUCACUGGCAACAGCAGAUACCCAAGGGAGACGAUUCUCUUUGCACUGUCAUGGAUCCAGUGGCAGAUUUUCUGUGGAAACCAAUGAACUGUGGAGGACCUGAAAUAGCGUCUUUCAUUUGUGAAUUACCUGUUCCUUCAUGGGCUAUGGGUGCCAAAGGAUGUCUGCUGACAGAACUACCAUCUUUAACAGUUCUAUACAUUCCGGAACAGUCGGCACUUGAACUUACUUCAGAUUGCGGUCUUGAUGGGACAAAAAGGAUUGCGUGCAAAGGAAACGCGGACCGAGAAGACAUUCUAAAACAACUAUCAUGCUCGAUAUCCCCCGAAGAUUUCGAAGAAAAGCCCACAAAAAAUCCAAUUUCGCCCAACAUAACUUCAAGUACUGUCUCUGAGUUAUCAGAAGAGGUUUCCUCUAGUAAAACGACGAAACCGUGGACCUCGAAUACCAUCGAUAUUGAUUAUGGAAUGCCGACACGUCAUCGCAGAGAAACCGAAGAUACACUUAGUCCUGCUUCCACAAAAAGUACGACUGAUUUAUCUAAUCAAGAAUCACACAAACAAGAUAUGGUUACGAUGUCAACUAAGAGCCACGAAAUUGAAACAACUAGCAGCAAUCCUGAUGGAGAUGUGACUUUAGACGCGAGUGUGUCUUUGAAAUCCGACAAAUCCGCAGAGCUUAAAACGACACAAAUAACCGAUUUAACCACUCAAGACAUUAGUACUCACAGUGUUACUGCUGAACCGAAAACUUUGAAUACUGAAAGUGGAGAUGUAGGAGAGUAUCCUGCUGCUAUUAAUCAAGGACAACUUUUCAGUAUUAUUGAAAACGGAACAAUGUUUGAUAUCCUUGAAAUAAAUGAUACAUCUGAUGACGUUAAGUUUGCCAAAGAAAUAAUAAUGGAAACACCACAGUUAGAAACUGAAACGACCAGAUCGACAUUGAAAUAUAAUACCGAAAACGGUGAAAAUUUUUAUACGACAGUGGUUUACCAUAAGGAGCCUCCAUCUGAAGCUAAUUUCGUCACAAACAAAUCUGUUAAAAAAGCUAAAAAAGAAAUGUUGAAGGAAAAAGACCCCAAAAAGUUAAACCACGAAACUAUAACCACAAAUACCAAAUAUCUCCCCAAAAACUUAAAUAAAUUAGAAGACAACAAACAAAACGAAAAAACUCUGUCUAAAGAAGUGGAAAUGUUUCCUCUACUGACAGAUCCUCUGACGAAACUUAACCGAACAUAUAGAAAAGACAUUCCGGUAAAAACUGACAAACAUCAACAUGUCGAAGUUGCUUGGGACACAAAAAAGUUAUUUAUUACCACAAAACGAACCGAGGUGAUUGAAACUUCAACACAGUCUGAAAAACAAAACCUGGAACUUUUCAACAGUGGUGAAGAGGAAAGCUUGCAUAAAAUUGACUCAAAAAUAGAUCUACUUAAUAACAACAUUUCGAUAAACAACGAGAGUGAAACUGUAAGCGUCCCCAAACUGGAGAAAAACAAAGUUCUUGAAGAUUCUGAUUUGAUGAAGAAACAAUUCCUGCCAAAAUCGCUUCUUGGUGAAACCAAAGCUGACACAACUAGUGAGCCUCUAGAACCAGAGCCUCAGGCUCAACCUAGGCCAAAUCGCCAACGGCAGCUCACUCGGCCCCAAAGGAGGUCAUUCUAUCCGUAUUUUUUCAGUAGAGUUUUAGGGUGAGGUUAGUCCAUUUUCGUAUGUUGACUAAGAAGCGCACUUUAAUGGUUGUUAUUUAAGAUUGUUAAAGUCGGGUGUUAAAAUCGAAAACCAAAUGUUUAGUUGCACUGAAUUGUUCGAUCGUGUUGCAUUCGCUACAACGAUAACUGUUUAUUAGUUUAUCAUUUUUUUAUUUUGAUAGACUAGACUUGAAACAAAUAAUUUUUAGUUGACGUAUUAGUAAAUCUAGUUCUAUUUAAUUGUAAAAAUAAAUAGCAUAGAACUGUUUUUAUAGGACAUAGACUUUUGUGGAAUUAAUAUGUUUUUCAUCACUUUUGGUAAAAGAAGCUGAAAGCUAUGCACCGUCCUGCUUCCCGUCCUACACUCCCAAAACAUGCUGAUAAACAAAACACAAUAUUGUCACUGCUUUCAAAGCAAAAUAUUUUGCACAUGAUGUAAAAAACAUUUCAAUGUACAUAAUUAUGUAGUUUAAUUGUGUUAAUA